CAUUUAGCACGCACUGACUGAGCUUCUUUACUUACCUACUCUAGUGCAUCUUAGCUGACGCAAUGUCGAGCGGUAUUUUACAGAUAGCUGUGGUACUGUUUCUAGUUAGCGGAAUAAGUGCAAUCUACAUUCCACGCAGCGUUCAUUUUGAAGCCCCCAUUCGGAUUCCGCCCCCGCGAACGUAUGAGUUGCUCGAGAGACCUCCGAUGCCAUCUUCGUACAACAGUGAGUACAACUCCAGACCGCGCUCCAGUGGCGACCACGAUGACGAGGAGAAAGCACAUGGCGGCCAUGCUCAUGCCCCUGAACCCCAUGCAGUCCUCGAAUCAUCUUCCACGAUGAGCAGUGGGACCAUUAGCUGGACUAUAACUCGGAAACCCAUUAUUCCAGUUUUAUUAACAAUUUUCGUUUUCCUUGGUUUGCUUAUUUCAUAAUUAUUCGCAUUACACCCCGCAGUAUUUUUUCCUGUUUGAGUUGCAUCUUAAAUUUUAAAGCACAGAUAACUUUUUAUCAAUAGGUAAGUGUUCGCUUAAAUGAUAAUUCUGCUUAGCCAAUGUCAAAAUUAUUUAUUUAGUCAACAGUUACAAGUUACAACGCCACAUUUAUUUGUAAAUUAGUCUCCGAAGCGCUAAUCGAAAUUUUUUAUGGCUAAAAAGCAUAAAAGCGGAUUAAUCCA